ACUUAUCGCAAUCGCAACAUCACCUAGAAGACACAUUCACCCUGGAAUGUGGUUUCAGUACUUGACAAAGUUGGCUGCAAUCUUCUAACAAAAGAUUAUGAUUCUAUAUUCACAAUUUAACAGCAGGCUUGGGUGAAUUACCAUUGUGUCGGCCCUGCGACAUCACAAUGGCCGAAUCCACGAUGCAACCUGGCUCUAUGUCCGAGAUGGACCUCAUCGACGGCUCGGGCCUAACAUAUUUUGUGCCCCUGACAACCGAUCUGAAGCUCGAAGAAGCUCUAAAGACCGCGGCAGAAAGUCCAGGGAUAUAUAUCGAGUCUAUAGAAUGCCGCGAAUCGUUGCUAUUCGAUGAAUCCGUUGACGUACAUCUUGUCCUACGAACUCCGCCCGUCGACGACCGACAACUCGACUUAAAGUCAUUGGCAAGCCGGCUGGUGAUAUCUUUGGAGGUGCACAUCGUUAACAGCAAUGCGUCCGAUCGAGAUGCACCGUCGGGUUCCGAACUUAUAUUCUCCGGGAGAGUCGAGGACUCGGGGGGGUCAUUGAUAGUGGCCGGCGAAGCGGCUGAUGCCGAUGGGAACAAUGAACGGAAGUGCCACAGAUACCUUGUGUGGAAGCUACCUGUAUUCCUUAAUCGGCCACGAAUGAGGCUGCAGUCGCCCUCAGUAGUAUUUGCAGCUACCGCCAGCUUGAAACCGGUUGACUCACAUCUGUUAAGCGGGCGUCGCGAGGGCUACUUGCAAAGCGGUUCAGCAUUUGGCUUGAACCUCCUUGAGUCUCUCGGAAACGAUCCGGCACUAGACGGUAUCAAACCGCGUUUGUCGGCCCUCAGGGUGUCGCGCGUAGCACCUAUUACCCAAGAAGCCAAGGACUUGUUGAUGCCCAUCAGAGCGCACCCGAAACAGUUUUCACUCCGGAUAUAUCCUGCUGUACAUUCGCGCAUACGCUUUGCGCGCCCAAACACGACUCCACCAAGUCCAGCGAUAAUCGCCAUGCUUGAAAUCGACUUUACGCCCUUUUUCAACUACGAAAUCACCCUCAAAUCAAUAAGUAUGACAGUGCCAUACGGUGUCGUCGAAGGCCUGACGUUCCAGCCGGAGAUGAAGUUGCCCAUGUCCUGCGUGGCGCAUGAUCACAUCACAUUUCUUUACCGCGUUGCGCCAGAGGGGGCAGACAUGUUGGCUAAGAACCCGACACGGGAUCUGAAUAUCUCCAUCGAGGCAACCGCACUAGUCCAGCCUGGUAUUUGCACCCCAAAACUGACCCUAUCGUGGACAUCAGCGCUGGACUUUACGCUACCAGUUAAUCCAGGCUUUGGGUCAGCGAUGCAGCCGAUUCAGCGUGCUCAUAGGCCGAGCCAGCUGUCUAUCAAUAGCAUCACAUCACUUAUCGCUCCUGCCGUGGCACGACCCGAUGCGCUGCCAUUGAUGGAAGACGCGUCAACGAGAUUCGACGCUAACGUUCCUGAACUUGGGAUUACCAUGACAUUUUCUGCCCCGUCGGUGGCUGAGAAGAUUUGCCCGGGUGAUGAGUUUACCUGGACCAUCUUCGUGGUAAACCGCUCUCUACCGACGUCAAACAACCCACCAAGGAAAUUGGCUCUUGUGGCGAUUCCAAAGCGCCGCAGGAACGAGAGUAGAGUCAACCGUCCACCCUCUAUCUCCCAACCGCCCAUGAUUUCCUACGGCUCCGUGCGCCCUAGGACGCCACGAGACAGAAGCGUGGCCGAUGCAGUUCUAGACGAGAACAUCGUGCAUGCCAUGCAGAAGAGCAGCAUCGUCGAUAGUGUCGAAAUGGUGUGCUUGAGCGCGGACGUGAGAGUUGGCCCCUUGCCACCGGGGGCUUGUCACGUUGUUGAGUUGCGGUUCAUGGCGUUGAAGAGUGGUAUCGUGGGUAUGGAUGCGGUGAGGGUUAUCGAUCUUGGGAGUUCGGAGCAUGUAGAUAUUCACGAUCUACCUACUAUGAUGGUAGAGGACCCGGAAGAUGAAGGCAAUGGGAUCGAUAACGCGACGGAGGGACUUACCGCCGUUGCGGCGUGAGAUUUAUGGCGCAAGGUGUCGCUCAGUUUGAUGCUUGGUAUUAUUUGUGCCGACAUCUCGAAACGGAAAAGUGAAGGGGCACACGAUUAUGGCGUGGUUUGAGAAAUCACCAUAUACCCAAUCUGAGUCUUGCAGAAUUCAAACUGGUCUUCCAUUUAAUGUAGAGCCAGCAAGUUUGACAACCAAAGCCAACGUUUUCUAUUAAUACAAAAUACUCUAUCCUCGAUUGGUCGUUGCCAAAGCCUACCAGAUGUUGUUGGUUGAUUAAAAUAAUCAUGGCAGAUUGCACCAUAGGAAACUUGGCGUGCAGACACAACAGAAGCC